AUGCAGGACCAGGUGAGACCGGGACCAGGUGGAGCAGAGCCAGGAGCAGGACAUGGCACUUUAAGGAGCUUCGUCCUCAUGCUUGCGGAGGACAGGACCCCGGGAGCCCAGCAGCCGCAGCAGCAGCCGCAGCAGCAGCAGCAGGACUCCCGCAGACACCGUACCGCCUUCAGCCGUUCGCAGGUGUCUCGUCUGGAGCAGGAGUACGCCACAGACAGCUACGUGUCCAGAUCCCGCCGCUGUGAGCUGUCCACAGCCCUCAACCUGCCAGAGACUACCAUCAAGGUCAAGACCAGUGAGGGACCUGUGAGGGACCUGUGA